CAGGUAAAAAAAAAAAAAAAUCAUGACCGAAUCUGCCUCUAGCACGAGUGGCCAAGAGUUUGAUGUAUUCAGUGUUAUGGACUGGAAAGAUGGAGUCGGCACAUUACCAGGAAGUGACUUAAAGUUUCGGGUAAAUGAAUUUGGAGCCCUGGAAGUCAUUACAGAUGAGAGUGAGAUGGAGAAUGUUAGGAAAGCGACUGCUACCACCACCUGGAUGGUACCCACUGCUCAAGAAGCCCCGACCUCUCCCCCGAGCUCCAGGCCCGUAUUUCCACCUGCCUACUGGACAUCUCCACCUGGAUGUCCCACAGUCUUUUCAGAGAAGACUGGGAUGCCUUUUAGGUUGAAGGAUCCACUGAAAGUAGAAGGGCUUCAAUUCUGUGAGAACUGUUGUCAGUACGGCAAUGUAGAUGAGUGUCUUUCUGGAGGAAACUAUUGCAGCCAGAACUGUGCUCGCCAUAUCAAAGACAAAGAUCAGAAGGAAGAAAGGGACACCGGGGAAGACAACGAGGAGGAAGAUCCCAAGUGUAGUCGGAAGAAAAAACCAAAAUUAUCUGUGAGAGCCGACCUCAAGGAGGAUGGAGAAGAGAGGGAUGACGAAAUGGAGAAUAAACAAGAUGGAAGAAUCCUGAGAGGUUCGCAGAGAGCCCGAAGGAAAAGACGAGGAGAUUCCGCUGUAUUAAAGCCGGGUUUGCCUCCCAAAGGAAAGAAAGCGUGGUGCUGGGCGUCCUACCUGGAGGAGGAGAAGGCUGUGGCGGUGCCGGUGAAGCUCUUCAAGGAGUAUCAGUCCUUUCCGUAUAACAAAAACGGAUUCAAGGUUGGCAUGAAGUUAGAAGGCGUGGACCCGGAGCACCAGUCUGUGUACUGCGUUCUCACAGUGGCUGAGGUUUGUGGAUACCGGAUAAAGCUUCACUUUGAUGGCUAUUCGGACUGCUAUGACUUCUGGGUCAAUGCAGACGCUCUGGAUAUCCACCCAGUCGGGUGGUGCGAGAAAACUGGCCAUAAACUCCACCCUCCCAAAGGAUAUAAAGAAGAAGAAUUUAAUUGGCAGACCUACCUUAAGACAUGCAAAGCUCAGGCUGCUCCGAAGUCAUUAUUUGAAAAUCAGAAUAUAACAGUGAUCCCAUCAGGCUUUCGAGUUGGUAUGAAGCUUGAGGCUGUAGACAAAAAGAAUCCUGCAUUCAUCUGUGUUGCCACGGUAACAGACAUGGUGGACAAUCGUUUCCUGGUACAUUUUGACAACUGGGAUGAGAGCUAUGACUAUUGGUGUGAAGCAUCUAGUCCACACAUUCAUCCAGUUGGCUGGUGCAAAGAACACAGAAGAACCCUUAUUACUCCUCCAGGUUAUCCAAAUGUGAAGCAUUUUUCUUGGGAUAAAUACUUAGAAGAAACCAAUUCUUUACCUGCUCCUGCAAGAGCUUUCAAAGUGAAACCUCCACAUGGAUUCCAGAAAAAAAUGAAGCUUGAGAUAGUAGACAAGAGAAACCCCGUGUUCAUUCGAGUAGCCACCGUGGCAGACACUGACGAUCACCGGAUCAAAGUUCACUUUGAUGGCUGGAGUAGCUGCUAUGAUUACUGGAUAGAUGCAGAUUCUCCUGAUAUCCACCCUGUGGGCUGGUGUUCAAAAACCGGACAUCCUCUUCAGCCUCCUUUGAGCCCCUUGGAAUUGAUGGAAGCUUCAGAACACGGUGGAUGCUCCACCCCCGGGUGUAAAGGGAUUGGCCAUUUUAAGAGGGCAAGACAUCUGGGCCCUCACAGUGCUGCCAACUGUCCCUAUUCAGAAAUCAAUUUGAAUAAAGACCGUAUUUUCCCCGACCGCUUAAGUGGUGAGAUGCCUCCAGCUAGUCCAUCAUUUCCAAAAACUAAAAGGACAGACACGAAUGAAAGUUCUUCAUCACCAGAAAUGAGGGACCAGCAUGCUGAUGAUGUCAAAGAUGACUUUGAAGAGAGAACAGAAAGUGAAAUGAGGACAUCGCAUGAAGCCAGAGGUGUCCGGGAAGAACCAGCCAUGCAGCAGGCCCAGCGCAGGUCAGCCGUCUUUCUGUCCUUCAAGUCGCCGAUCCCAUGCCUGCCGCUGCGCUGGGAGCAGCAAAGCAAGCUUCUUCCAACGGUUGCUGGAAUCCCUGCCAGUAAAGUUUCCAAGUGGAGCACCGAUGAGGUGUCAGAAUUCAUACAGAGCUUACCUGGGUGUGAAGAACACGGAAAAGUAUUUAAAGAUGAACAAAUUGACGGAGAAGCAUUUCUACUUAUGACCCAAACGGACAUUGUUAAAAUCAUGAGUAUUAAGCUGGGCCCUGCUCUCAAAAUUUUCAAUUCUAUCCUGAUGUUUAAAGCUGCAGAGAAGAAUUCUCACAAUGAACUUUGAAGAUAGUGAAUUCUGAAUUCUAUCAACUUUCGGCUUUAAAGCUCAUGUUUUAUUCAAAGCACAAGGAUGGUUGUAACUCCUACAUGAGAAUUCUCCAAAACUCAAAAAAAGAGCAACACUAUCGAAUUAUUUAUAUUCCUCGAAAGACAAUGUAUAUGAAUUCUUCUGAAAGUGCUUGAGCUUUUAACCAGGUACUGUCUAACAACAGGCAUCUUUUGGUUCUGUUCACUGAGCUAAAUUUAUCUUUGUAAAUCUUUUUGAGGCUGGGGGGUGGGGGGCCGAAGGGACUUCAUUAUUUAUGGAUGGGGGGGAGAGUAAGAACUUUUGGCAUUUUGUAAACAUUGUUGAAUUCUCUUUCAUGUACACUGUUUCUUUUUCAAUACUUUCGGAGACCUUUUUAUAUAAUCAAUUUCAAAUUAAACCAAAUUAGUCAAAACCUGGCUAAGUUUAGCCAGUGGGACUGUUAUCUGUAUUAAUUUUGUGCCAUAUUUUGAAUUGCAACAUUAUGCUAAGUAUAACUUUGCAAGUCAUGAUAUUGCCUAACUGCUCAUCCUAAUUUGUUGAGGCUGAAUAGUUGUAAAAAUGACUUUUCUUUCAAUCAGUGUUUUUUACUUUUGCACGCAUUAUGAAAUGUUAAAUUACUUUUCACCAGCAUCUUUACUAUAAUUACCAAAAACAUGUAUAUAAAAGAAUGGAAUCGAAAAAUGAAAUAUAUAAACAUAAAUAAAUUAGGUAGUGUAUUUGAGUGGCAUCAGCCUCCCUCAUCAUGGUGCCCGUGUGUUUACAAGAAUCAGACAGCAUCAGAGGAAUAUGCAGUUACACUGGGGGAAUGUACCAGAGGACCUUGAACUAUUAAUACGGGAGGACUUUGAGCUUUUCUCUACUUGUUGAAGCAACUAGGGUGCUUUACAGACACCAAAGGCUCAUUCUGUUGAUAGAAACACUAAUCUGUAAAGAGCUCGGAUUCAGGUCUUAACAGCGUCCUCCAAACCCAAAGGUUUCCACUCAGCUUGACUGAAGAGCGAACCUCUAGAUAUUCCUGAGAAGACAAGGUGUGAAGAAACACCACCAGUUGACAAAAAAUCCUAAAUGCUCACAGAUCAGUAAGGAGAUUUCCCAAAGCAGUUAGUGAUUCAAGAACCUCCCCUUUGGAAGGGUUCCUUUUUCUGUAGAAUACUUUGCCUCGAUAUAUAAACAUACAGAUGCACUUUAAAUGAAAACCUUGAUUAUAACUGAUAGCUGGUAGUGUUUCUUUUGUAAGAAUGCAUUUCUAAGGCAAAAGGUAAAUUAUUUUGUCAGUCUUUUGAUGUACUUUCCAUUUCCAGGAAUGGAUAUUUAUUCCAGGACUAUUUUAAAAGUAGAAAGUAAAAGUUUGUAGCAUGCUGUCUGAAUUCUGGGGAGAGUUUCACCCCCUUCCUUCGUUGCUUUCAUUCUGUCUGAUGUCCGACUUCCUUUGAUGUCCCCUGUUGGAAAUCUAAUAGCAGUCUUUUGCAUUUGUCAUAAUUCAAGGUAAAACAGGGUCUGAGACAUCACAGGGUCCCGUUCGUUUCUUUGCAUGAAUCUACUUAAAUAAGUUUUUUACUGUUUUUUUUUUCCCUUUUUUAUGUUUUGUUCAGAAUUUGUACAUUCAAGUUGCACUUGUUAUAUCUGAUAUGAAUGAAAUAAAAUCUUAAUUGCAGA